GCAUGGAUGGGCCGUCCCUCUCUCAGAGGAUGAAAAGGGGAAGGAAGGGAUUAGAGGAGAUCUGCUCAGCUGUGGAUCCACAGAAGGCAGGGUCGGUGAUGACCUCCACCAUGGCCUGGUUCCCUCUUCUCCUCACCCUCCUCAUCCACUGCACAGGGUCCUGGGCCCAGUCUGUGCUGACUCAGCCGCCCUCAGUGUCUGGGGCCCUGGGCCAGACGGUCACCGUCUCCUGCGCUGGAAGUGCCAACAACAUUGGUAUUGUUGGUGUGAACUGGUACCAGCAGCUUCCAGGAAAGGCCCCUAAACUCCUCAUCUAUGCUAAUAACAGACGACCCUCAAGUGUUCCUGACAGAUUUUCUGGCUCCAAGUCUGGCAACACAGGCUCCUUGACCAUCACUGGGCUCCAGGCAGAGGACGAGGCUGAUUAUUACUGCCUGUCUGCUGACAUUACUCAAGGUGAGUGUCCUAUUUUCGGCGGAGGGACCCAUCUGACCGUCCUCGGUCAACCUAAGUCGGCCCCCUCAGUCACGCUCUUCCCGCCCUCCUCUGAGGAGCUCAGUGCCAACAAGGCCACCCUGGUGUGCCUCAUCAGUGACUUCUACCCCAGCGGUUUGACGGUGGCCUGGAAGGCAGACGGCACCCCCGUCACCCAGGGCGUGGAGACCACCAAGCCCUCCAAACAGAGCAACAACAAGUACGCGGCCAGCAGCUACCUGAGCCUGUCACCGAACCAGUGGAAAUCUCGCGGCAGAUUCACCUGCCAGGUCACGCACGAGGGGAGCACUGUGGAGAAGAGUGUGGUCCCCGCAGAGUGUUCUUAGGUCCCCGAGACUGUCAAGGAUGGAGGCCUUCCUCACCCAGAUAUACCUUCCCCAGCUCACCAUGUACCCCUGAGAGCCAACUCCUGGAUCAGCUCAGACCAGGAAGGUCACACACCCUCCCGGUUUCUAUUUGUGCUCAAUAAAGAACUUAUCGUUUAUCAUUCAA